UCUGACAACCACGUGAUCGUGAUCUCCCGCCAGUGGUGCGGCAAGUGCGUUCGCGCUCGCAUCGUUUCAGUGCACGGAGGCUGACAACAACGGAGGCUUGAUGGCUGAUGUAACAGGUUAUACGGCUGGCGGCUUUGGCCUAGGCCGCGGGCGAGGCGUUCGAACGGCUACGGGUGUUGCGCAGGCUGAAAAGACACCGGGUUCUGGGCAGUCAACUAACGGUUGGGGAACCACUGCACCCACCACAGAUUCGUCGGGCUGGGGGGGUACAGGAGGAGGCCAGUCCAACAGUGUGCCAGCCGAGGCUGGCUGGGGCGCUACAAACGGUGCUGUUGACUCCGGCUGGAACAACAAUGGCGCCGGUGACAACAACAUGGGGCCUGCAGCACGCCGGCUGCAGAUGACCCCUGGCAGGAAGACACCAGCAGCGGGUGGAAGGAGGAGCCCAGUUCAAGCUAUGGUGGCGGCUCUAGCAGCUUUGGCGGCGGAGGAAGUUACGGAAGUGGUGGCGGUGGCCGCUCUGGUGGGGGUGGCGGAAGCAGAGUGCGCUCUGGCUGGGACAACCGAGCAGGUGGAGGAGGCGGCGGCGGAGGACAUCGUUCAGAUGGCCGUCGUACAGGUGGCAGAGCCUGCUUCAAAUGCAACCAGGAAGGCAUAUGAGUAGAGAUUGCCCU